AUGGUCAUGUACCCGUCAAACCAUGACUUUGAAGCAUGGGCAGCCCUGGGAAAUAAUGGCUGGGGUGCUCAGGAAAUGGGCCAGUACCUCCGAAAAUUCCAAACUUAUACAAGCCCAGACGAAUCCACUGCGAGAAUACUUGGCACCGACGAGUAUAUGAAGAAGAGCCAGCAAGGCUCCCACGGUCCUCUGCCAGUGGGAUUUCCUUCUGUCUACGGUCCGUUCAACCAGGCGUGGGAUGAGACUUUCGCAGCACUGGGCUGGCGAGACAAUACGGAUCCCAUCACCGGCGAAAGGUUGGGUGCUUUCACUAGCCCACUCUCCGUUAGUACAAAGGAAAGCACACGGGGCUAUGCCGCAUCUUAUUACACCAAAGAGGUGGCACAGCGACCGAACUUCACGUUAUGGACAGAAACUCAAGUUGAGAAAAUCCUUUUUGCGAGUGACAACCCUGACGAGCACUUAACAGCUACUGGGGUUCGGGUCCGCAGUCAUAACGCUUUUCUAGAAGCUACCUCCCAGCGCGAGGUGAUCCUAUCUGCCGGUAGUUUGCAUUCUCCACAGAUUUUGGAGCUUUCCGGAAUUGGGAACUCCAAUACUCUGCAAGAUCAUAAUAUUCCCGCACUUAUAAACCUAGCUGGGGUUGGUGAAAAUCUACAGGACCAUUGCACUACACCUAUAAGCUAUAAAGUGGCUGAGAGUGAUUGUCCGUCGGAUAUUAUGCGCGAUCCGCCGGUCGUGCAAUCCUACACCAGAUUCAUCAAGAAAGCAGAAGUGGUCCAACGUCGGCUCGUGGACCAGCAUCUGAAACUGGACCGGGGCAAAAGCCUACAAGACUGUCCACAGGUGACAAACAAAGAGCAACUGAGCUUGCUUCGUCAGUUCCUUCUCGACGGCCAAAAUGCGACAGCAGAGUACAUACUUUUUCCUUUGGAACUAAAUACGGAUGCUGAGGAUAUGGCCCAUGUUUUUGACAAGUCGUCAGAUGGUAACUAUAUAACCAUUGUUGCGAUGCUCAGUCACCCAUUCUCCCUGGGGUCUGUUCAUACAAAGUCCCCGGAUAUUCAACAAAAGCCAACCUUUGACCCUAAUUAUUUAUCCCACCCGUUGGACCUCGAAAUUCUUGCACGACACACUCAAUUCAUUGAUCUCCUUGCACACACCGAACCUCUUCAAAAGCUGAUCUCUCAAACUCGGAUGCGGUCAAGGAAGUGGUUAAAGACCGUCUCUUCUCCUGCCUUUCACCCCGCGGGAACCUGUGCGAUGAUGCCGGUUGAGAUAGGAGGGGUGGUGGAUACUAAUUUGAAGGUGCAUGGAACCCGUAACUUACGCGUGGUUGAUGCAAGCGUAUUUCCAUUACUACCCCAGGGGAAUAUCCAGACGACUGUGUACGCUGUCGCAGAAAGGGCAGGAGACCUUAUCAAGCAAUCGACGGACAAGUCAUAG